GGAAGAGGGGUCGAUGUGGAGGUAGAGGCACUCGUCCCCGUUGGAGCAGUAGCCGUUGCGGACGAAGAAGUUGCAUUCGGGCAUCUUGCGGAGGUUGUACUCGUGGAGGAACUCGCAGGUUAGGCCCUUUUUGCAGAGGCCGCGGAGCCAGUGUUUGCAGACUAGGGAACCGAAGCCGCCAGUGUUGUUGUUGUUGUUGGGUUGGGAUUGUUGUUGGUCGCCUGAGGGGGGGUUGCUGCUGGGUGGGGGGAGGGAGUGUUGGUAGGUUUUUUGGAGGAAGGGGGUGAAGGUGAAGGUGUAGGGGUGGGUGUGUGGGUUAGGAGUUGUUGGGCUGGGGGCGGGAGGAACGCCAUGGUGAUGGUGGGUGGUGAUCUUUGCGAUCAGUUAUUAUUGUGGUGGUGAGGGAGUGGCCGUUAUGGACGAUCUAUUGUUGGUAGUUUGUGCUCUGGUCGCUUCGUUGUUUUGUGCAACUUGUUGUGUUGGUUUCGUUCGAUAUUUCGAGGGCCGCCGCGGUGGGUGCAAAUUUCUUCGUUGAACAGUUGCGCGAAAAAUGGUGGUUCAAAAGUUGGAAAAAAGCCAAGUUUGGUCUUCAAGGUUCGCAAGCAACGGCGCGUCUGGCGAUAAGAUGGAUCGACGUCGCUUCCUCACCGAGAGCUCCGCGGUGUGCAGCCAAUCAGCCGCCGGAAUCCACAACCUCGGUUCGGCCCCUGCCCCGCGAACUGAACCCUGGCAAAGCCGUCUUACCAAUGAAUCAGGGACCAUUGACAGGACGACGGCGAUGGAAGACCAUUUCCGAGGUUCUUUUUUGAUCAAGUAUUUAGCGUAGCAUUGGUGUCUUUUAUAUAUAUAUAACAUCCUCCCACAGCGACUCUAAUACUACUUCUUGCUUACAUUUCGGAUACCAUUCCUUCGUCUUGCUCCUGUUUGCCCCCGCGACCUCACCUUGCCCCCCCGUGCACGUGCCUGUUCGUCUUACAUCUACAAUCAUGAAGGGAAUCCAAGUGUCAGCCUAUGUCAAGGCUCCUGGUGAGCUCAAGGUCACAGAGCUUGCUGAUCCCAAGCCUGCCGCAGACGAGUACCUCAUCGAAGUCCACGCCGCGGCAACCAACUUCUUUGAUAUCCUGCAAAUUCAGGGCAAAUACCAGCACCAACCUCCUUUCCCAUGGGUUUCUGGUGCUGAAUUCGCCGGAGUCGUGCUGGCCACGCCUUCCGGGUCCAAGAACCCCAAGUUCCCCGUCGGCUCCAAGGUCUUCGGAGCCACCCAGGGGUCAUAUGCCACCAAGUGUGUCGCAAAGGAGGUUUCCAUGCUUCCCGUACCCAAGGGAUGGUCUUUCAACCAGGCUUCCGGUCUGUUCGUAACAGCCCCCACCAGCUACGGCGCCCUCGUCCUCCGUGCUGGCGUCAAGGCGGGUGAUUACGUUCUUGUCCACGCCGCUGCCGGUGGUGUCGGUCUUGCUGCUGUUCAAGUCGCCAAGGCAUACGGCGCGACAGUCAUCGCCACGGCGGGCACUGCCCGCAAGCUGGAGGUUGCCAAGUCCUUUGGCGCUGAUCAUGUCGUUGACUACCGCGAUGAGAACUGGCCCCAGAUUGUCAAGAAAUUGACGCCCAAGGGCCGUGGUGUUGACAUUGUCUAUGACCCUGUCGGCAUGGUUGACAAGAGUACUAAGUGUAUCGCUUGGAACGGCCGCAUUCUCAUUGUUGGCUUUGCCGCUGGUACUAUCGAGAAGGUGGCUAUGAACAAGGUCUUGCUCAAGAAUAUCAGCUUGGUCGGUAUUCACUGGGGCAUGUAUGAGAAGAUGGAGACUAAAUCGGUCCCCAAGGUGUGGGAGGGCAUCAUGAAGUUGAUUGCCGAGGGCAAGUUCAAGGGAACUGAGUUCACAGACAAGGAGUUUGUCGGACUCGAGUCUGUGCCAGAUGCGCUCAAGGCGCUCGGGAGCAGGGAAACCUGGGGCAAGGUUGUUGUCAAGAUUCCCCAGGAGGGACAAAACAAGUUGUAAUUUUUCUGAAUUGUAUGUAGCGAUGCCAUGUUUAAUGAAAAAAGGGGUGCUCAUACAACCCUAACCCCCAUAGUAAUUGACUGCUUAUUCACCCUCCGA